AUGGUUUAUCCUAUAGUUUUACUCAGUUCAUGGCUUGUCAAAACAAUUAAUGAUAAGGUCGAGGACCAACAGACUUACCUGAAUAACAUUGUAGCCAAAGGGUUUAUCAAUUACCAGGGGCCUGGUAAAUGUAACAUUGAUUGGACACCUAUACUUCGGGUGUUCAAGUAUACUAAUACGACAGCCAAGAAGGAGAUCUGUGCCAUAUUGAAUGAGUCAUCACAUAAGAUAUUGGUGUUAUUCACACGUGAAUGCAUUAGCAACUUUGAAUCGGAAUACAGCCAGCGACUCACCAGCUGUCCAGUUCAUUCAUUGAUCAUUAUACGACUGGCCAAUCUCCGGUUUGCGACAAACUCGUUUCUUCGAGACAACUUCAAAGGCAUUAAAAUCGAGUUGGAGAGGGGAACGGAAGUUGUUUACUUGGAGAUUUUGGAGAUUGAGGUGUUUUAUAGAACAGCGAUGAGAGUAGAAGCCAGGCAUGAAAACAAACUUCGGUUCGUAUACGGAGCCGAAAAUUACCGGGAAAAGUUUAACAAAGAAAAUAUAAAUAAUGAUGGCUUGAAAUGGAGUAUUCUAGCAAUGAACGAUGGGAUGAUUUCAGACGAAGAAUGA